GAUAGAUAGAUAGAUAGAUAGAUAGAUAGAUAGAUAGAUAGAUACACCUAUUCGCUAAUCAAUAUUUCACGUUUCACUUUUUUACUUGUAAACAAUGAACAGCUGUUUCAAACAAAAUAACUAUUGUGAAUGGAUUGUUCACGACAAGUUCCCUUCGGUGUGAAUGAAAUGGAACAAAAAUGUUACUUCUAUGGGGGUGACAAUUCAUUUAAUUAAAUGGAGAUGGGAAACUUAAACCAAAUUCAUUUUUUCGCAAAAGCUGAAUACGUUUUUUUUUGUAAUACUUGAUUUAAAGUAUAAUUGGGAUUGUAAUGAUGAAAUGAAAUACAAGAAUUUAUACCUUCUCGUCGGUAAAAAUAAAUGAUUUUUGAAUUUUCCAGAAAAAUAAAUGCUGAAUAUCGAAUUAUACUUAUGUUAUUUUCAAUUCUUGCUGGAAAACCUUCGAAAGGACAUGGGGAUCUUAAACCGUAAUAAGUGUAAAUAUGCUGGAUGCAGAUAUUUGCCCAUUUAUUUCCCGCCUACUCGCGAUGAGCUUUUACACAUACAAAGUCCAAUGCGGUCUUAGGUUAGGUUGGAUUGAUAGGAGGAUGUAUACUUCAUCAAAUCCGACGAAAUACACCUAGGCCCUAAUCGGCCCUAUUGUGCGCUCAUUAUAAUGAAAAAAAGGAAACUGAAUGAAUUAUUUUUCAGUGUUCAGUAUAACAGUAUAUAAAUAAAAUAAAAUAAAAUAACAAUUGUUUUGUGUUCGCACAAAAGAUUUAACUAAAAUUUUGUUAAAAUAUACAAUUAAAAGUGUAAUUACCUUUUCGUAUGCGAUUAGCAGUAAGUAGCACAAGUUUGAACUGAACAUUAUAAAACUUCAAAAUAAAUACUUCGAAAUGUGGCUUUAAAAGUCAUUUACAAUUUGUUAUUUUUGGUGUAAAGAUGAGCGGCGGCACUAUGUCAACUGGAGCAGUUAUACAAGACCAAUGUUCUAUAACGAGUGUGGGUGUAAUGAAUUCAUUGGUUACACUAUUAGUGCAGAGUUUAUAUAAGGCUCAGUGUAAUAUUUCAAGUAGUGAUUACUUUCCUCAAGAUUAUGCAGAAACCGCAUUGCGUGAGGGAUUGGAGGCUUAUGAUUUUGUGGUAGUGGGUGCCGGUUCGGCGGGUUCAGUAGUGGCUAGUCGUUUAAGUGAAAAUCCCAACUGGAAUGUAUUGGUCUUAGAAGCUGGGGGAGAUCCUCCUCAGGAAUCAGAGAUACCCAGUUUCUUUUUUAAUAUACAAAAUACCAAUUACACCUAUAGUUAUUUAACGGAACCCAAUGAAAGAUCUUGUAAAGCUUUUACCGAUAACAAAUGUCAUUGGCCACGUGGUAAAUUUAUAGGCGGAACUGGUGGCAUAAAUGGCAUGAUCUAUGUAAGAGGUAACCGUUUUGAUUAUGAUCGUUGGCAGCAAGAGGGUAAUAUCGGUUGGGGUUAUGAUGAGGUUUUGCCUUAUUUUGAAAAAUCUAUUAGACCGGUUGGUAAUCAAACUCAUCCCCAGGGUUAUGUUACUAUUAAUGAAUUCCCACGUUUUGAUGAAGAUAUAUUCUCUAUGAUUUUUGAAGGCUCCCAAGAGUUGGGCAUACCCAGAGUUAAGGAAUUUGCUGAAGGUAGUUAUAUAGGUUAUAGUCAUGUUAAAGGUACCAUAAUGAAUGGUCUAAGAGCUACCACUGGUAAAGGCUAUUUGGGUAAAGUUUCUCAAAGAUCCAAUUUAAAAGUGAUAAAAAAUGCUCAAGUAACUAAAUUGCACUUUGAUAGCAGCGGUCAAACUGUUCAAUCGUUGGAGUUCAUAGUAAAACAACAAGAUAAACUUAAAGUCCAAGUGAAACGUGAAGUGGUGUUGUCUGCCGGUACUAUAGAUUCACCCAAACUUUUAAUGCUUUCCGGAGUGGGUCCAGCAAAUAAACUUAAACCUUUAAACAUACCCGUUAUACAAAAUCUACCCGUGGGUGAAAAUUUACAAGAUCAUGUUGUAAUAUUAAUAUUUUUACGUCUACCAGCUAAUACAACCGAUCAGAAACUAUUACUCGAUAGUAUUUAUCAAUAUUUAAUGCAUAAAAAGGGGCCUUUAAGUUCUCAUGGUACUGCUUCUCUUACGGGUUUUAUAAAUACUGACCUCUAUAGUAAAGCCAUUUAUCCUGAUAUGGAAUUUCAUCAUAUUAUGCUAAGACGUGGUGACAUCUUGGGCUUGGAUACACUUUUAAAUGGUUUUAGGGUUAAGGACAAUCUAAGACCUUUCUUUAGGGAAAAUGUACAAAAUUUUGAUGUGUUAACCAUAUUUACAGUCUUGUCUCAUCCCAAGUCAUUGGGUGAUAUAACACUUAAAUCUUCUGAUCCACUACAGCCUCCCAUAAUAAAUGCCAACUAUUUAUCAGCACCAGAAGAUGUAGAAGUUUUAUUAAGAGGCAUGGAAUAUAUAAUGAGUUUAGAACAGACUCAAGCUUUUCAGCAAAAACAAGCGGAAAUUCUUCGAAUACCCAUUAAGGAAUGCGAUCAAUAUGAAUUCAAAUCGGAACAAUAUUGGAGAUGUUAUUUUUCAUAUUUCUCUAGUACAUGUUAUCAUCAUGUUGGAUCCGUUAAAAUGGGACCUUUUGAAGAUGCUAGCACCUGUGUAGAUCCUAGACUAAAGGUUAAGGGUGUUAAGAAUUUAAGAGUUAUAGAUGCAUCCAUAAUGCCUCAUGUUACUAGUGGCAAUACAAAUGCUCCCACCAUUAUGAUUGCUGAAAAAGCUUCAGAUCUUAUUAAAGAGGAUUGGUCUUCUUCAACUUAAUGUUCAACAUAACAAAGAAGAAGAAUUAUUGCGUGACUGCUAAGAGGAAAAGUAAUGCAAGCUAUAAGGUGAAGGUAAUAGAAGUUUCAUUUAUCCUAGUGAUUGUUAUAUAUUUAUUAAGUACACUUUUUAUUAUUUAUUUAAUUGACAUUGUAAUGUUUGUAAAUACAUAAUUAGUUAAUGCAAUUAACAAUUAUAUUUUAAUUAAUUUAAAUUUGUAAAUUAUAGACACACUUUUUUCACUUUACAUCAUAUAUAACCUUCCCUGAUUCUGCCUUUAACUUUGGCAAUAAUUACGUGUUCACAGAAGUUAUUUAAAUAAAAAUUUUCGAAAUUUUAAUAAACAAGUCAGAUUUCUUUAUUCAGCUGUGCCGAAUCUUAUAUACCCUUCACCAAGUAUG